ACAUUUGUCAGUGCAGGUGUUUGCUUUCUGGCUGAACACCACUAAGAGGAGCUUGUUAAAACAGUCAUAUUGUUUGUUUUGUUUUGUAUAAUUGUUUAACACGUGAUGACGUCUUGUGUGGAUGAGAAGCCUGUAAUCGACAUAAAGCCUGAAAUUAGGAGUCUGGAGUCACCAGCAGGGCACCCCCACCCCUCUACCCUGCCUCCCGACCCUCUCAAAUCCCCUGCCUCCCAGUUCUAUAUCCCUGAUAUGUAUGGAAUAAGGGACCCUUUAGCGGGCCUCCCCUGCCAUCCUGCCUACAACUCCAUCCACCACGUCACCCCUGGUAACCCUGUAAUGCAACCCCAAAUGUGGACUAACAGUCGCCCUCUGUCGCCUGGUCAGAUGGGUGGAGGAAUGGGGAGUAUGCCGCCCAUAGGGCACCCUGACAACUACUAUUUCAACAUGAUACCUGGCCAGCACCACAGCUAUCUGGAUAGUAUGGAGGCUGAUUAUGAUUUGACGGAACUCCAAUACACUCAUGCUACCAAAUCAGGUAAAAGUAGAAGCAGGCCCAGAACAUCUCCCUCCGCUGCUAAAUCUCCUUACUCCUACAUCGCCCUCAUUACCAUGGCAAUUAAAAACUCCCCCGAGAAAAAGUUGACAUUAGCCCAGAUAUACGAGUUCAUCAUGGAGAAGUUCCCAUACUACAAAGACAACAAACAAGGGUGGCAGAACAGUAUUCGCCACAAUCUCAGUCUUAACGAUUGCUUCGUCAAGGUUCCGAGAGAGCCGGGUAAGCCAGGUAAAGGUAACUACUGGGCACUCGACCCUGCUGCUGAAGACAUGUUCGAUAACGGCAGUUUCCGGAGGAGGAGAAAGAGGUUCAAGAGACCCAAUCAUAAUGGGGGAUUCUCUCCACCUCACUACACUCAAGGGGUAAUGAUGAGUGAGGAUGACCGGUACUUGCACUCUGACAACAGCCUCUUUACUAUAGAGAACCUGGUUAGCGAGGUCAACAGUAACCACAGUAACCACAGUAACCACAGUAACCACAGUAACCACACUCCCAGACUCAAUAUUAACAGUGUGCAGUCCCUGAAAGAUGUGCCACCUCCACCUGACCCUCAGACUGGAGGCUACAUCCACUACCCUCCAAUACCAGACCCCUACUCUUACCCUCCCGGCCCUUUCAACUUCCACAAUGAGAAUGACUGGUCGCUAAGGAGGUUCGAAGCUCACAGACUGCUAAACUUUUCGGGACAGGACGCCUUACCUCCUCCCGACCCUACAAGCUAUCUAAAUGGCGCACCACCCCAAACCCCUACCCCACCUCAAUAUUAUCCCACUGUCACUUGAGGCAAUUAACUGAGUCUUCCAUCUCACUUCUACCACUUCACUUCUACCACUUCACUUCUACCACUUCACUUCUACCACUUCACUUCUACCACUUCACUUCUACCACUUCACUUCUACCACUUCACUUCUACCACUUCACUUCUACCACUUCACUUCUACCACUUCACUUCUACCACUUCACUUCUACCACUUCACUUCUACCACUUCACUUCUACCACUUCACUUCUUCCACUUCACUUCUACCACUUCACUUCUACCACUUCACUUCUACCACUUCACUUCUACCACUUCACUUCUACCACUUCACUUCUACCACUUCACUUCUACCACUUCACUUCUACCACUUCACUUCUACCACUUCACUUCUACCACUUCACUUCUACCACUUCACUUCUACCACUUCACUUCUACCACUUCACUUCUACCACUUCACUUCUACCACUUCACUUCUACCACUUCACUUCUGUCUUCUACCACUUCACUUCUACCACUUCAUUUCUGUCUUUUACCACUUCACUUCUACCACUUCAUUUCGAUUAAAUAUCCGCUCAGAUGAUAAGUAUACCCUACUACUAAAGAAUAAGUAAAUGUUUGUAUCUACAGAACUGAUACCUACUGGUUAUAAACCGAUAAUAAGGACAGCUGAUAAUUUAUGAAUAAUAAUUUCCUGAUGAUACAAUAUUUCCCGUAAUGUGUCCGUAACCUUUAUAGUUUAUACUCCAGUAGCAGGAAGGGCAGUGCUGGAAUAUAACCUUUAUCAGUCAAAACAAGUGUAAUUGUUGUUCAAUUCUAAGAUAAUUUAUUGAUUUGUGAGAUUUGGAAUUUGUGUGUGAAAUAUUUUUCAGUUUUAUACAUUAACAGUUUGAGAACUAGAGUGAAAUUAUUUUAUAUGAUGUGUUUAAACAAUGAAUUAAUAUUUCUAUGAUUCAAGACUCUUUG